AUGACGCAACACAGCCCACAUGGCGCCUCUCAACUCAGCAACUCGCGCGCAACCAAGACAUUUUUCUCUCGUGUGUCUCCGCAUCCCCGAUCAAUCUCCCGUCAGCCAUACCCACUCGCCUACACACACCCGCGGGCGCCGAUACUAACGUAA